AUGAAUGAGACGGAGAAAAAUGCCUCUAGUUUCGUACAUAAUUCUGGAAACGAGAUACGAGGGGCGAGAUAAUACAAAUAUCUGUGUUAUACCCCGAUAAUUAAUAUAGUAACCCUAUAGGCUUAUCGUAAUACUCCGCAGAGUCUAAAACACUCUCGUGAUCGGUAUCUUCAACGUUAUUCCCAGAUAUAUGGGUACAGUCGAAAGACCCGGACAUUCCGCAUGUGGAUCACGAGCCGUACGUUGUGCCGUAGGUAUACCGUCCCUACCCAUAUUCCCAGCGACCUUCCACUUUACACCCGUAUAGUUUAAGUGCGUACGAAAUCGAUAAGACCAAGUGGGUAUUUAGACCGAAAAUAUUCUCGGGCAAGUGGAAGGUUCUAAUUAACAUCGAGGGCUGGAAAACAAGAAGGGUGUAGACCGCGAAAAAUGUAAAUCGCCCCAAUUCACAGUUGGAUUUCAAAAAUUCGGCUUACGAUAUAUUUCCAUGGAAAACAGCAAUUUGCUCGAACUCGUUUGCUCAUUCCGUUCGUCGGUCUGAUCUUAAUUCUUGAGAAGCUUAGCGCAUUCAGACGAACCUCAAAGCUGAGCUUAUAGUUUCCAUUAACGAGGGCAUGACGCUCUCAGCUAUCAACGCUAAAGUACGCGACAUUAACCAGUAAGAGCUUCGCUAUAGGUAUACCCAACUACGACUAUUCUUUUAUCGCCAUUGACGCAAUUCUCAGCUGAUUUUUUUUUUUUCAACAGUUUUUUUUUUCACCGUCUCAAGUCGAUUCACUUCCACCGAAACUUGUGUUUCUUUCUCACCGCCGUCCUUCCAGUUUUUCAGCUUUAAUGACGCAAACAGUUAUGAUUAUGUAACCCGUAAAAUGUGCGUCUUCUUCAAAUUCCCACAAAAAUUAAGACCGCUUCUCCUCUAAUUUUUCGAUUAGUCAGUUUGAUUUGUUUAUACCGAAGACCGGAGGUGACGAGAUGAAAAAGGAAUAAAAAAAAAAAAGAAGGGAAUACGAAUCGCGAUCUGUCAUCGUAAGACGCAACGUGAAGCACUUUUCUGCAAGUUUGUAUUAGCUAUGGAAGGGUGUACGGGCGCAUAAAAAUUUGAACUUGACGCACCGAACAGCUGGGUUUGAUUACUUUUUGUUUGCUUAUCUUAGAGACUUUGGUUUGUUUAACGUGGCGAAGAGUUUGGAGCACGGGUCCGAAGUGAAAAAAAAAAAAAAAACAGAAAUUGAGGUCGUCACAUGUCAGAAGUUUUUUAUUUUUCAUUCGACUAUCGGAACUUGGAAAUUUUUCAUUUCAAUUUUGAGAGUUCGUCAUAACGAUACUGGUGCGCAGUUUUUUGAGUUUGUUUCAAAUUUAUCUCUGUACUCUGCAGCAUAUUCCGGCAGGUUAUCGUAAGAAAAAAAAAAGAAAUUAGACGGAACAAUGAUUAAUGGAAGCGUUCCGCUUUAACGCGUUGUCGUAUUGUAUCGUCGACGUCUCACUUCUCCGUUAUAACGUGAAAAUAUUCAAACUAAAAAAAACCAAGGCAUGAAAAGUUGACGGAAAAUUCAUUCGAUACGUAAACUCGUUCAGAAAUGAAAGUCAACAUUUUUGUUGGCAAGUUUGAUAAAAUUGCCAAGUAAACUCACGUUUCCUGUAAAAGAAAAAUCCCUGUACAAGCAUGAGACGACGUUCCGUCGUCCUUCGGGGUUUUUUUUUUUUCUCGUCAUUUUGAAAAGUACAUUGGCAAGGGAGAAUGUGCCGAUAGUACCGGAGCAUGGGAUUCGCUCGUCGAGGACACGUAUGUACAAACAUCCCCAUACUUCAUCCACUGCGCGACACUGUUUUCUACUUCGGGGCAAAACGACCGUUAGCAAACACUGGAAAGAAGCCAAUUUGUUCCUGUACCAUGAAAACGGCUGCCGAGAAAUCAGGAAUUACGAGUUACGGAAUUGCAGGGACUCGACGGAUUGACGUUAGAUGUGUACAUGGGUAUGCUCCAGGUGGAAACGACCUCGAUACGAUACUGAGGGAGGGCAAAGUAGAGCCGCAAAUAUGGGUCUCACAUAGUGAGGGGCAGCCAGCCUUGGCAGAUAUUUGAUGCGAACCGCGAAGUUAGCUUGACACGAGCUACCGAGCAGAGAAUAAAGUAUUAGAAAAGUUUCAUGUAGAGAGCGAGCGCGGAAAAAGCUAAGAGAAAAAACGAAGAAACUCAGUCGAAAGAAAACACUCUAGUCACCAGUAUUUAAAGUAUUCCAUAAAGAACCUAAUAUAUUUCAAUUAGAUUAAAGAACCUCAAAUCAUAGUGGACUUAAUAUUUGAACGAAGAAAGAAAAAAGAAGAAAAUCAGGAAUAAAUUAGCUGGAAUCGAAAAAUGCUUGAUCAGGAAUAAAAAAUGAUAAGCACGUAAUGUUAGUAUGAAUUAUUGAUUAGCAACGUAAAAUAUUUAAUGAUAAAACAAGUACCAUCGAUUUAAAUAUUAAAAUUUGAUGUAAGAAUUGUAGAUAAUACAAUACAUAGCGAAGACAAUCCUAGUUGUAAUACAAAAGAAAAGAAAAAAAAAAGAGCACAAAAGUAGAGAAAACUAUUGGAAACUUUUUCUCUGGUUAUAUAAACAAAAAAGAAAAAGAUCGAUCGAUCGAGUAAUACAAAUUUAUUGAAUCGAACACGUAAACGGAUUUGUUGAAUAUAAAUUUAUUCAUAAAAUAAUUAAAGCGGAUAUACGAUAUGGUUGAAAAGUAAAUUGUUCUAUACAUAAAUACAAAUAUAAAUAAAAGAAAGAAUAUAUAUACAUAUAUUAUACAUCUACAUCUAUUAUACGUUAGCUCUGAAUAUGAAAAUCUAUGAUAUAAAAAUUGUUGAAUACAAGUAGGCGUACUCGUAAUCACCGGAUUACAUUAUAUUGCUAGUUGUUGAUCACGAAUUACAAAGAAAUAGCUUAACUCCAAAUCGAACGCUACUACAGAGAGAUAGACGAAAAAAGAGAGAAAAGAAAUCCCGCUGAGUCCUCGGAAUAAUCUGAACAAGCAAUUAUCUGUGAUAAGAAUUCAAAAAAUCGACGAAACCACUGGUCAACUACUGUACAGCGGAAUAAAAAGGAGACAGAUUCUAACGGGGGGAAAUAAUCAGCCCGACGUUGCGACUGGAAAACAGAAGGACAGCACAAAAAAAGAGGAUAUCGAAAGGGAGACAAACUACAGCCGAAACUUCCACCCGGUCUUAUCUAACAGACCUGAAGGUUGCCCCGUUUCAAACGAACGCACAAUGAAUUUGGAAGUGGAACUGAUAGCAGGGGUGAUAAAGGGUGGACCUCCCCCUCCGCAUCUACCCGCCCCCCGCCUCGUCAAGAUAUUCAUUGCCGGUGAACGUGACGAAUUUCACGAAGAAAGAAAGCAACUCCUCGAAGGAGUCGGGCCAGAGUUACAAUCAAUUUACGAUGACAUGGGAAUCGAAGUACUGCUCGUUGACAUGCAAUAUGGAACGGACAAAGAUCCCGAUGUAAAUCCACGUCUAGCUGAAUUAUUCUUAGACGAAAUAAGCGCAUCGCAUCGCCAUUCAAGGGGAUGUUUUCUUCUGCUUUUGGUGGGUGCUGAUUACAAAACUGGUUGGGUGCCGACGAGGUUCACCGAAGAAACUUACAAGGCUCUCCUAACGCAUUGUUCCUUUCUCGAAGAGUAUUACGCUCGGGAAGGAUCUUCCUACGUACUAAAGGCUUCCAGUGAAGAGACGGCUCAGGAUGAUUGGCAUCAGCAGCACGAGUCGAAUUUGAGAAAAGCUUUAAAAAUAGCAGCUGAAUCGGCGAUCUUGGAACAUUCCGAUAACACGGAGAUUAAAAAUAUCUUACAUUCGACCGCUGAGCGACAACUAGAACACGGCCUAAGUUUGGACGAAGAUGGUAAUGGCGUGAUAACGGUUAUACGAAAUUGGACGGGGCCGACAGCUCCUACCGUCGAACCCGGGGCUUCGACCUUGAAAUCUAGAACCGAAGCUUGUUUACCGGAUGAAAACGUGAUCCGGCAUGACGUAGAGUACAAAAUAGGAGGAAUAGACCCCGACUGUUCGUCUCACGAUACCUACUUGACUAGAAUGCGUCAGCAAGUUCUGGAAAGAAUUCAAGGCCUGGUUAACGAGUCGGUCGAAAUCGAUCCGGAAAUUAAAAGUCGGAAAAAAAUGGUCCAGGCUGUGUACGCGGAGAGUUUGGCGCAUUUGGGCUUAUUGAGGGAGGUCGUACCGGUCGACGAGGGCGGUAAAUCGAUAGCUAAAAUUAAAGAACUGUUGCUCGCGGGACGAGAGCGAAAACACGGACCGAUUCUGGUCUGGGGCCCGAAGUCAUCGGGCAAAACGGCAACGUUAGCGACCGUUUACGAAAACGCGCCAAAUUGGUUCGACGGACCGACCGUGCGGAUCGUGAGACUGUGCACAUCCACGCCGAGAUCCGCUUACAGCUUAGAACUUCUGCGAGUUUUGUGCGAGCAUAUCGGAUUUUUGUCGGGUAACAACGACGGGAAUAUCCCCAGAGACGCUUCCUUCGAUCCUUUGUAUUUGAAUAACUGGUUCAGUCAGAUAAUGCGGGGAAUAGAAGAAAAUCCCAUGCCGGAACAGCUGGUAAUUUUGGUGGAUGAUCUGCACCGGCUGCAUCCACUGGAGUGUGAUAUUGUAGCAGCGUUAUCUUGGUUGCCUCUGAAUCUACCGAAAGGUGUGCAUUUUAUCGCCACAACCGCCGUACCUCCGGAAGCAUUGAGGCUCACCCCGUUGCAGAAGGAGAGAUUGAGGAGUUCGGAAAUAUUGAUAGAAUUGCCGGAGGCUAAAAGUAACGUGCCGGACGUUGACGCGGCUUUCGACCGUCUGGAAAGACUGGCCGGACUAAAAGGAGCUACCAGAAUUGGGUCACUUUUGGCAUGCACGGAGUACGGGCUGUCGGAAACGGAAAUUCUGGAGUUAAUAAUGCCCACCGGAGGGGACGGACCCCUGGUUCUAUCCAAUGGGCAAUUCAACUUCUCGACUUGGUGCUUGGUCAAACGAACGAUGAACCCUUGGCUCAAGAUCAGAGUGAUGAGCGGACGUCUGAUGUUCAGUUGGCGUUGGUCUAGCGGUGAAGUGGCGCGAAAGAGAUACUUCGCUACUCAGGAUAGCUCGAGAUCAGCCUAUGCAGAAGUAGCGAAUCUGUUCUUCUCGGAAGACUCCGACGAAAGUGACGAAAAAUCACCCGAAGAUCCGGGUUCACCACCGGCCAAAGAAACUCCAUUCCAAAGUGCACCGAGAUCUCAAGAUAUUACCUACACUAUUCGUCACGUCGAGGAAGCUUGGUUGCAUCUUUUACGUGCCGGUGACGUUGACAGAUUGAAGAGACUGGCUGUAUGCGCAUUUGAUUUCCUCUUAGCAGCCGUUCAGAUGAUAUCCGUCAGUUACCUACGUUGUGUGCUGGAACACGCCAGGAGAUAUUUGCUCGAAAGAGACUUAGAACUGGUUUACUACGCGGUUCGAAAAUCCAGCGACGUUCUAACUAGAGAUCCCCUGCAGUUAGGGGCGCAAUUGAUCUGCUGGCUGAGACCCGUCGCCGAAGAUGGCGGAGAUUUGGUGAGUCGAAUGGUAAUGGCAGCUAUGGCUUGGUGCGAUGGCUACGCGGCACCGCUAUUGGUACCAUUGAAUGGGUGGCUGCAGCCACCGCUUCCACUUCAAAUUCGCGUUCUCACCUGUCCUCAAGGUGUGAGAUUGGUGGAGGCAGCGCCUUCGGGACAGCACGUGGUCGUAGUACCUCCUCAGGGUGACGCUCAGCUUUGGCACGUAAUGUCUGGUCAGCUGGUUCACACUUUCAAAGGUCAUUCGGGGCCGAUAUCGUGCUUGGCGAUUACCAAGCAGUCUCAAUAUUUAAUGACCGGUUCCGAAGACACGUCUAUAAUAGUAUGGGACAUGAAAGAACUCACUAUGAAGCAACGAAUUUGUGAGCAUAUCGCCCCCGUCCUUUCUCUCACCCCGGCGAUGGGAAAUUCCAUAAUAGUGAGCGGCGGCGAAGAUUCUAGAAUAAUUGCAACUCGGCUACUGACGGGUGAGGUGUUGAUGAAAGUUGAUCAUCAUCGGGGCCCGGUGACUUCUCUACGCGUUGACUCCGCCGGGGAAGUCUUGGUUUCUGGAUCGUCGGACGCAACCGUUUGCCUCUGGUCCCUCGAAAGUUUUACAUUGCUGAAUACCAUUCCUCUUCCGUCUCCUGUUACAAUGCUCGACGUUUCUACCGACUCAGUCUUCCUCCUCGCUGCCUGCGAGGACCAAAAAUUGUACCUAAGAUCGUUGGCAACCGGCACAGAGAUCCAUACACUGAGAGGACAUCAAGGUCCUAUAAAGAGCGUGUGCUUGGCAAAAGAUUGUAGAAGAGCCGUGGCUGGUGGAGUUGACGGAAGGGUUUCGGUAUUCGACAUGCACAGUGGAAGAUUGACGAAGGCGUUGCCCGCGAGUCCAUCGGCAGACGUGACGUCGGUGAAGGUGACGGAAAAAGACGAUUUCCUAAUAACUGCUGGCGGUGGUCGUGUAAAUUAUUGGAGUUUUCGGGGGGAGGAGGUUGCCACACGUCCGUCAAAGGCAGGUGGAAAGCAGGAGUCGCUUCAGCCCCAUGGAGCUCCUAUCUCGUGCUUGGAUGUUUCCAGAGACGGUGCAAUGGCUGUUACCGGCGGUGUGGACUCGCUCGUUAAUCUCUGGCAGCUAAACACUCACGAAUUAGUGUCCACGUUGGAAGGGCACAUCGCGAGUGUUACUUGCGUUGCUUUUUCCGCCUCUGGUCUUUUCGCUGCUUCAGGGUCCGAGGAUAAAACUGUCAGAGUAUGGGGACUAACUUUGGGCCUUGUAGUCGCGACUUUCAGACAUCAAGCUCCCGUAACCGCUGUAACGGUUAUGCUGGACGGACGAAGAGUCGUCAGUUCCGACAGAGCUGGUUCUAUAAGAGUUUGGGCUGCUGAUAGUGGAACUCUGAUUCAAUCGCUCUGCGGACCCGGUCGAUGUUUUGCGGUAGCUUCUGAUAUGAGAUACACCGUCUGUGGUUCCGGAGAUAAUCACAUUAGAAUUCUUGGCUUGGGAUUGGGACCGGAGGAAAAAUACCCUGUUUCCCAUUCCCAGGAUAUCACCUGUCUCGUCGUUACUCCGGAUUCUCAAUCGCUGAUAACCGGCUCCAGAGAUAUGAGUUUAAAAGUAUGGCAACUCGCGGGAGGAAAAUUGUCCCAGGUCCUGGUGGGACACACCGAUCACGUUACUUGCGUAGCGGUAGCCGUUUCGGACAAAUCCAUUGUAGUAUCCGGUUCGAGAGAUGCGAAUUUGAUCGUAUGGGACAUAAACACCGGUGCGGAUCUCCACACUUUAACCGGACAUCUCGGCUACGUAACGUGCAUUCGUCUUUCCGGAGACGGUACUUUGGCGGUGUCUGGUAGCGAGGACAAAAGCCUGAUUGUCUGGGACACUAAAAAGGGAACUGCCUUGAGUUCCAUUAUGCUGCACGUUCCGGUAUUGGGGGUUGAAAUGUCCACUGAUUGCUCAAGACUCGCGUUACACUUAUUGGAACACAAGUGUCUGCCCAUUUUAUGCCUCCACAACACCCCCGCACAGUACGUCAAACUUCCCGAAUACGUGGCCCCGAGGGAUCUCAGACCUCCGGGGCCAAAGAGACCGGCGAGAAGAUUGCUCAAGAAGGAGGUAUCCUUGGACACUUAUACGUGGCAGAGAAAAUACGGUCAUCUCACGUCAGGUAUAAUGGUUGCCGCUGUUGAAGAGCGUCUGAAACGCCGGUUCAGCGUAAGCGCUUCAAUGGAGGAAAUCAGUAAAGCUGGACUCGCUGGUUCGCAGCCUGGUUUAGGCCCCGAACAGGCAGCUCUCGCACAAUCCCAGCAUUUCGAUCAGCUGGAGGCCCUAUGGAACAAGCAAUCACCUCCACCGAGACCAAGAGGUCUUGGAAGAACGCUUUCGAAACAGAGUUCACUUCAAGCGACACGAAUAUCCGAUUCGGAGGAAGAAGGUAGGCGAACAGUUUCCUGCGUCGCCUCCUAAGAUUACAGCGAUAUUUUUAUACAUGCAUUAGUGUACAUUUUACGUUGAAAUAGAACAAAAAAAGACAAUGAAU